UAUUCUGAGAUUCGAUCAUCUCUGGUAUUUUAUCGUACGUGCGGAAUCUCCAUGUCCGGUACGGCACUGCCGUAUAACACGUGUAAAGCUCACUCAAGGGUGGGAUAAUGUUCUCAGGCUCAGGGUUCAGGUCGGACAGUUUCACGACGACCGUUGACGGUGCACGGUUGUAGCACUCGUUUUGCAGUACCGGUAUGCGUUUCGUAUAGUCAGCGUUUUGAUUCAAUUUUCGAUUACGUGCAGUUUAAUGCUCAGUUCCGAUCAUUUCGAUUUGGACAAGUGUUAUAAUAAUUAUUAAAAAAUAUUAAAUGUGUGCUAAACAGAAAAAUGGUCAUCUGUGACAUCACACAUUUGGAACACAGGAAGGAUAGAUUCAAGCUUCUAUUAGCUGACAGAAUUCCAACGGUAUUCAGCCCGCUAAUGCACUCCACGUGCUUGGGACUUGAUCAAUUGGGAUGUAAUCGACGCGAGCGAUGUACCAGAUGUGACACAGAUUACAUACGUAAUCGUAACAAGUCUUUUAUGACGGAAGAUUUAUACGAUGUUUACACAAAAAACGUAGCGUAUCAACGAGCGUUUAUUAUUAGACGUGGAAUCGUAUGCAUAUAUUUGACAGCCCGAGAUGUUCUACAGGGAGAAGAGCUUCUGCAGUUGCUUUAUAUGUUUAGAACCAGUGAGAAUGCGAAAGGCGAUUAGAUUAGACGAACUAGAUAAAAGUUACAUCACGCUGACUGCAUAGGAGUGUGACAGAAGUAUAGUGUUUCAAAGAUAAAGACAAAGUGCUGCGAUAAAAUUACAUUUCGCGUAACAAAAGUUGGACUUACGAAAUAUGAAGCAAGUGUCAUUUUAUUCAACCUUAACCGCGGAGGAAAGGACUCGAACGCACCCAUGCAAGAAGACUAGGUGCGUGAUAAUGUCCUCUAGCGAGGACCCGUCAUCUCUGGCACAGACAUCGAUAGCCACAACAGGUUUCGACGUGCUGGACGAUGCAAGAUUGGCGAAGAUUAAUAUGACUCCUGUAACGUCACAACCAACGAAACCUGUGGUUUCACCGACCUUGAACACCGAUGCCGAUGCGAUAGAGGAAGCGGUGCCGAUCGUGAAGACGACAUUACCUAAACCGGAAUUGGAAUUGAAAAUCGAGAAGAACGGUAUCGAGAAGAAGACGAAGCAAUCACCUAACGAGCCAAACGACGACUGUUUGAUCAAUUGUAUUUACUAUUCACAACAGUGCUGCGAUUGCACGAUAGUUUGAGAUCGUUCAACGUCCUUAGUUAGAUAAUAAGCCGGAGAAGUAGCGUCUCGCGACUACACCACUCUGAUCAAUUUUAGGUCUCGAGGCGCCUCUCUUCGACGCAAAAUUUAGGAUCUGACAUUACAAUAAGUAUUGCGCGCCGUUAGGAUAUUUUGUGAUACACGAGAAGUAUAAUAGAACAAUUCUGUGGCGCGCGUAGAAAAUUUAGUAAAUGUGUACGAAUGAAUGUGAUGCUCGUAAUUAUAUAUACACAUAAUUUUUUA